CAAAUAAUUGUUUCCGACCGGCGAUUCAGUUGGUUGCCUUUUUGCAGAAUCUCUUGAUGAGUAAUUCAAACGCGACGCCACUGCGCGACGCACAACAAUUCAAUUUGGUUCUCAAAUUACAAUUCAUCAUUGGAGGGGCCUGUCCAUUUAAUUUUUUGCAAUCGCUUUUAUAACCCAAUACUUUCCUCUGACAAAGCUCUCGGGGAAGUUAAAAACUUGUUUGUUUUCUUGGGGCGAGUGUAAUAAGACGAUUAGUGCAGCGCGGCUUUUUUCUUGGCUGCCCAGGUUCAUUCGCCGUCGGUCGGCCGUGGUGUGCUUUUGGUGCACACAAUAUGCUGCUGCUGACGCGGGCGCAAUUUCUCACCAUUACACAUGCAUUGCUGUUCUCCUCAUUUUUCCAGCACUCAGUUGGAUCUGAGACAGUAGCAGACGAUGAAGAAUGUCACAUUUUCAUCACGGUCGCCUCGUUCUGGUUCAAAAGCCGUUCGCCAAACGACGGUUUGCAAGGCUUGCAAACCAGGCAGCUCGAAAUCAACUGGGACCCGAACCUUUGCAUGGGAAAUUUGCAUAGCGUGUUUUUAACUUCAAAAGAUCCACAAAGCGCAAAUUUUAGCCUUGAUGGAAGCUUUUUGGACAGCGCUGUUUGCAUGCACCACCCUGCAAAUUUUUACCGCACCAAUGUUACUCUGGGUCGUCCGCGUCUACCAGGUGGAUGGGACAAAGACACCGUUAUCCAGAAUGAAGUCAAUAGUGCUUCCAAUAAACCAGAAUCUGGAGAUCACUGCCUGCCGUAUUGGAUUGCAGGCUUUGACAAAAGUGGAAAUCUAUUGUCGUCCGAUUGCUUGAAAAUCAGACCAACUUGGAUGGGAGAUAUGAAAUCGCAAAUUGCUGGAGCUAAGGUAAGUCAGCUCAUGAUACCUGGCACGCACAACUCUGGCAGCUUCUACGGGAAGGACAUCCAGUCCAGGGGAGACGUUCUUUAUCGUUUUACGCGCACGCAGGAUGAAGACGUGUGGGAGCAACUCGUCUGGGGUGCCAGGUACCUUGACCUCAGGGUCGGCUAUUACAAAAACAAAAAGGAGUCGUUUUGGAUCAAUCACGCGCGGGAGAGAAUCACCGAGCUGAGACCAGUUUUGCAGGACGUGGCCCGAUUUUUGCGUGCCAGUCCACACGAGUUUGUGAUCGUGGACUUUCACCGAUUUCCGGUCGGGUUUUCCGGAAAAUUUCAGCAGUACGCCGUUCGGCACAGGUGGCUGGCAAAUUUGAUAAAGGAAGAACUUGGCGAGUUCGGAGCACCGUGUGUGUUCAUGGGCAGUCCUCAGCUGAGCGACCUUUGGCACAGCGGCAAGCGGGUGUUGGUCUAUCACGCCGAGAGGCAUGACGUGCACGUGAACUGGAACGACAACUGGCUUUGCGCACCCCUGCUCCAAGCGUGGGGCAACCAGCAGAACGCCACCGGCCUCAGAAACUACAUGGAGGGAGCUCUGCAUAAAUUCGCAGGACGACCCAUUCCUUGGUCAGUCAUGGCCGAGUUGACCCCAAAUUACUCUGACGCGAUUCUAAGGCCGCAAAGGGGACUGCGAAUGAUGGCAGACGACAUCAACCGAAGCGUCACUCACUGGUUCAGACACUUUUGGUGGAGGGAUGCUAACAUCGUGGCCACUGACUUCCUCUUAGGAAACAAAAUUAUCGACGUGGCCAUCGAGGCCAACGAAAAGAGAUUUCCAAAGUACGAAGCCAAAUCUUACUACAGAAACUUCUCAUAAAUAAUGGGGGGGGGGGGGAGAUAUCUAUUA